AUGCGCCAAUGCCCCCUCUUCACCGGAAAAUGGCCGGAAAAUAAUAGGAGGGGUGUGGGUGCAACAUUUUGAAACCAAAAGAACUUUAAAAAUAAGUUUUAAAAACAAAGGAGAUAUUGGUGCUAAUUUCCCAAACCACGAAAGCUAUUUGGCCUUUAAAAAAAAUAAGGGAAAAAAUAAGUUAACGCCCAAUACAAGGUUGCAUUCGAAUGGGGUAGCACAGACGAUGAUAAGCCUAUAUCUUCCCGCUCCCUCCAACCUCGCCCCUUCCCCUUCGAUCAAACCCAGAAGUUGUUCUAUCCAAAAGCCCGCUUCUGUUCGGUACCAAAAAACCACUGAUUUUGAAACUCUCAAAGACCGUUUGAUUCGCCAGGCCAAUGCAGGGAACAUCCGCAAAGCAAUUUCGACACUUGAUCUCAUUUCCCGGAUGGGUUUCACCCCAGACCUCACCUCAUAUACCGUCCUCCUCAAAUCCUGCAUCAGAACCCGAAGCUUUGAACUCGGGAACUGGAGGCCGUUUCCACAUUCUUUGAAAUGGUUGAAAUGGGGGAGUACCCGAAUCAGUUCUGCUUCUCCGCAGCUAUUAAAGCUUGUGCUAAUCCAAGUGAUUGAUUUAUUUUCUAAAGGGCAUGGCGACCUAGAGGCCUCCCAGAAGGUGUUUGACGAAAUGCCUGUGAAGAACUCGGUUUCCUGGACUCUCAUGAUCACUAGACUAUCUCAGUUUGGCUAUCCACGAGAUGCUAUUGUCCUGUUUGAAGAAAUGCUUUCGGCUGGUUUCAUUCCAGAUAGUUUCACUCUUAGUAGCAUAUUAUCAUCUUGUGCUGAACUGGGGUGCCUAUCAUUAGGGCAGCAGUUCCAUUGUUGGGUGGUGAAAUCUGGUUUGCAAAUGGAUGUUUGUGUUGGUUGCAGUUUGGUCAACAUGUACUUCAAAUGCUCUACGGAUGGAUCCAUGGACUAUUCAAGGAGGGUUUUCGAUCGAAUGCUUGAUCAUAAUGUUAUGUCGUGGACUGCUGCAAUUACAGGAUAUGCACAAACAGGAGGCGAUAGGGAAGCUAUUGACUUGUAUUGCAUGAUGAUAGAAACCCGAGUGAAACCUAACUAUUUUACAUUUUCUAGUCUUUUGAAGGCAUGUGGAAAUCUUAGGCGUCCUGAUAUUGGCGAGCAGAUUCAUACCCAUGCAGUAAAACUAGGUCUUGCGGCUGUGAACUGUGUGGCGAACUCUCUGAUUAGUAUGUAUUCCAAAUCCAGUAGGAUGGAAGAUGCCAGGAAAGCUUUUGAAUUACUCUUUGAAAAGGAUUACAUUUCAUACAACAUAAUCGUUGAUGGCUACGCCAAGAACAUGGAUUCCUCCAGAGCAAUUGAACUUUUCAACCAAACCGAAGAGUCUGGAGUUGGACUUGAUGCUUUCACCUUUGCAAGUAUCUUGAGUGCUGCUGCAAGCAUAGGAGCAGGUUCCAAGGGGGAAGAACUACACGCGCGGCUGCUAAAAUUAGGGUUCCACUCCAAUCAUUCUGUCUGCAAUGCUUUGAUCUCAAUGUAUUCCAAAUGUGGUAACAUAGAGGCUGCUCUUCAAGUCUUCAACAAAAUGGAAGCCAGAAACACAAUUUCCUGGACUUCAAUGAUAACAGGUCUUGCAAAACACGGAUUUGCCAAGAGAGCUUUAGAUUUGUUCGGGCAGAUGCUCGGUUCAGGUGUGAAACCAAAUGAAGUCACCUACAUCGCCAUUCUAUCAGCUUGCAGCCAUGUCGGGUUGGUAGAUGCCGGAUGGAAGCACUUCAACUCAAUGUCCAAAGAGCACGGGAUCAGUCCAAGGAUUGAGCAUUACGCAUGCAUGGUUGAUCUUCUUGGAAGAUCAGGAAAGCUUGAAAAGGCAGUUGAGUUCAUCAAAUCAAUGCCUUUCGUCCCCGGUGCCAUUGUCUGGCGCACAUUGCUUGGAGCUUGCCAGGUUCAUGGAAACAUAAAGCUUGGAGAACACGCAGCCAAAAUGGUUCUUGAGUGGGACCCAGACGAUCCAGGAGCACAUGUCUUGCUGUCAAACUUACAUGCGUCCACUGGAAACUGGGAAGAAGUCGCACAAAUCAGAAAAGAAAUGAAAGAACGAAAACUGGAGAUAUAUGAAGAAUUGGAUCGACUGGUUGUGGAAAUAAAGGCAUUGGGAUAUGUCCCAGACACAAACAUGGUACUCCACGAGGUGGAGGAGGAACAACAUAAGGAGCAAUAUCUGUAUCAGCACAGCGAGAAGAUAGCAGUGGCUUUCAGCCUCAUUAGCACAUCCAAGCAGAAGCCCAUUCGGAUAUUCAAGAAUCUCAGAGUGUGCAAGGAUUGCCAUACGGCAAUGAAGUACACGUCAGUUGCAAGAGGUCGAGAAAUUGUGGGGGACGGAGGGAGUAUUAUUUAUGCCGUCGUUAAAGAUAUUCUCGACGUUGAGAAGAUCAAGAAGAGGACGCCGAGGCCACAGUACUCCGUCACGAGUGCUGCGUCGUCUCCAGAAGCCACCGUCGCCGGAAACCUCUUGACAGCGGACUUCAGCUUCACCCUCAAGGCCCACAACCCGAACAGGGAAAAGACAAUUUUCUACAGCAACACAACCCAGGUGACCCUUGACUGUGAGGGGUUCCUCCAGAUCAUCUCGUCGUCUUCGUUCCCUUUGGUGGGCCCCACCACGCUCCCUCCCGGGAAUGACUCCACCCACACCGCCGUCAAUCUCCCCGUGCAAAACUGGCCUCUCCCAGAGGACACAACAUCCUGCGGCAUGAUCUUAACCAUGAAGUUUCGCGCUGGGUUUAAUCAGGAGGAGGAAGAAUGGAAGCGUCCCCGGGUUGAGGUCCAAUGCUCCCCUCUCACCUUCAAUUUUCAAACCAAGAAUUUCACGGGGGAAUUUGCAUGGUAGGAAUUUGUACAGAAGGAUAGAUAUAUUGUGAACUAAGGCAGAGUUCUGUUCAACU